ACACCAUGAUAUGCAAACGCCUUGUCGCCUGUCUGAUGUUCUUGUUCCUGGGGACAAUGGCUCAGACAAAGACCCAAAAAAUCUUAUCUGUUCGCCAAGACAAACACUUCAUGUUCGCUAAAGCGGGAGACAACUUGACCCUGCAGUGCUUCUACGAAAACGUUGUGGACGCACGGUUCUACUGGUACAAGCAGAACCUGGGACAGAAGCCCAGGCUGGUCUCCACCUAUUACAAGUAUGAGGCGAACGCCACUUUCCAUGAUGAAUUCAGAAACAAUCCACGCUUUCAGCUGGAGACCGCCAAAGGCAAAAAUCACUUGAAGAUAAGAAAUCUGAGGAUUUCAGACUCUGCGGUUUACUUCUGUGCAAGCAGCUACCUGUACAGGCUGGAUUUCGCUGAAGGCACAAUGGUGUAUGUAGAACAAACAGGUUCUCAGCUGCAGACUUCAGUUUAUCAGUCGGGGUCAGAGACCGUCCGGCCCGGAGGCUCUGUGACUCUGAACUGCACUGUACAGACUGGGACCUGUGGCGGGGAGCACAGCGUUUACUGGUUUAAAAACUCUGAGCACUCUGAGCCGGGACUCAUUCACAGCAAGGGGGGUGAGAACAAACUGUGCGACAACAAAACCAGCGCGCGGACACACAGCUGUGUGUACAAGCUGCCGAUUGGCAAACUGGACGCCUCUCAUGCUGGAACCUACUACUGCGCGGUGGCCUCCUGUGGACACAUUCUGUUUGGAAAAGGGACAAAGCUGGACUUAAUAGAUACCAACAACUUGGAGACUUAUUUAUGGGCCGGAGCCUUUUCUUUCACGUCCCUCCUGAGUGUUUCACUGGCUGUCUCACUGUGUGUGAUUAAGAAAAGGAGCUUCAAAUGUUCAAAGGCUGAAAAAGGAUCACUCAAUAAUCCAGAUGUGAAGGAUGAUUACAAUGCACAAAAGGCUCAUUAUGCUGCUUUUUUUGCGCUGCACAAUAGACCACGAAGGAGAAAGGAUCCCAUCUGGACUGAAUGUGUGUACUACAGGAUUUAAUAGUAGAAUGGAACUGGAAUUUAAAAAAAAAUAAAAUACAGUCAAGAGAAGAAUUACUCGGAAGCCUUGACAGAUUUUGUUCCGACCAGAUUUAACAUCUGCACUUUGAAAUGACUCAGCCAGGAUCUCAACUCUGUGGAGUGAGUUCUAAUUAUUGAAGGAUUCUUUCUACUUUCAUUCCUUCAGGUCUUCAAAAAAGGCUCAGUUUACCAAAUGACUCACACAAAGAAACUGUUGCUUAAUGCCAUGAAAUUGGGCCUCUGUCUCUUUAAGAACGCCUGUUCUUUCCGAAACGCAGCCUUAAGGAAGUCGUCACAACGUCGCUCCCUUUUUAACCCUUCAACUGCUUUGCACUGAGAAGUGAUGUCAUUACAAAAUGCUGUAAUGCUCAGAAACAUCCAGUCACCAAUGAGUUUGGCUCCUUUUAUGAACGCAACAUAAAAGUUUUGGUUGAAUAAAAAUUGUUAUAAAACAAUUUUAUCAUUUCAGUAAAUGUGCUUAUCAUUCCAUGAAUUCUGAGUCUAUUAAUUCUUGUUUUUGAUGUAUUUUUUUUAUCAACAUUGAGCUUGAAUGUGUCUGUUAUUACAUAGACAUUAUAAAAUUGCCAUAGCUGACUUUUAUGUUGCUUGUGAAUAAUUUCUGUAACUUUUAUCAUUUUUAAGACGCCAGGAGCUUUUGUCUGCUUUUCUUCUACAUUAAAGUUUAACAGUAUCAAAUGUGUUGUGUUUAUUUCACUGAAUGUCUGUGACACAGUUUGCUAUCAAUUUCUGUCAGUUAUCUGUUGUAAUAAACCACAUUCAAGCAGGUCAGAUGUAUUUUUAUUGAGUUGAUAUAUUUUUGCAACCUGAAUCGAUAUCACCGUUUUUAAAAAAAAGAAAAGACUGAAAGUAUACCUGGAUGAACCACAUAAGCUAAAAAUAAAUACUUGUUAUGCUUAUGCAUGUAAAGUUUAUUGAUCUGAAUAAAUAAGAAACGUGUCGAGGUUUUGUUCCAAUUAUUUUUGGCAGUCUUCACCAUGACAACAAACAUUUUAAAUAAACUGAUUUACUUCAUUAA